AUGGACGCGGGGGGCGCAGCACCCCAGAGCUUCGACGGCGCGCUCAGAGAGCUCAAGGAUCUGCAGUCGCAGCUGCACCAGGCGGCGGACUGCUGCGAGAAGGCGUUCCUCGCCACCGAGGAGAAGAGGCUAAUCCUGGACAGUACAAAGAGCUACAUCUGCAACGCGGUAGUGGCAGUGAUUGAUCAUCUGGGGACCGUUUCAUCCAAGCUUGAGCACCAGCUGGAGGACAAGACUGAGAUCAUGCAAACAGAGCAGAAGAUCAGCUUCCUGAAGCAGAGGCUCUUGACAUGCGAACAGUAUGCAAUUUCUCUCCAACUAUUGGCCGUUCGUGCGGACGCUGGCGCCGUUCAAUAUCAUCGCCGUUACCUUUCCCAAUCUACUGAAAGAAACAACCAGGAAAAUGUUGCCAAGUCAAGAGAUGACCCAGAAGAACCCCUCAAGCUCAAUAGCACAGUGGCGCCAGGAGCUACUCGCACUCUGAAGCCAUAUGAUGCUGAAUCAACCAUCGGGAGGGAGCAUGCCGUGGCGGGUGCAGACGGUGGAAACCCAGCAUCCACAGCGAGGUCAUUUUCCUUCAGAGCAGAGGAUGUUCACGUUGCUGCAGGGGGUCAUCACAAGAAGAAGAAAGGCAGCCAUGGCAGCAACAUCAUGUCAUUUCUCAAAAGAAGCAAGCGACAUGCGUAACGGUGAAAAGAGCCAUAGUUUUUGCCAGCCAUCCGAAUGUCCAUUGUUCUGUAACAGGAAUGUAUACAUGUUUGAGUUCUGCUCCGGUGCACGCAUGUGCAGACGUGCAGUCAAUUGAAAUUCAGGGUCGAGCUGAAACAUUCAUUCCGCAUCGAGGAGAAGCACGCAUGUUCAUUUCAUUUCCAGUCUCAAGGUUUUAUACUAUGGUGGUUCUUUUUUUC